AUGAAGGAGAAUAUGUCGAUAGAUUUCCAUCCGCUGGGCGACCGCUUUGCUAGUAUUCAAUGUGUUGGGUCUAGCACGGCAGGGAAAACAUAUCUUGCAAUUAAAGUGGACCAAGGAUGCCCCGUUAUUUUGAAGGAGGUUGAUCUCUCAAAUCUUUCUUCGGACCAAAUAGACCUUUUGGAGGGCUAUGUUACCGCUAUCAAAGAGCUUACUUGCCCAAAUAUCGUGCGUUACAAAGCUAUUCACAAGGGAAGCAUGGGAGAUAAGGUCUAUUUGGAGUCUGAAUACUGCUCUCUGGGCUCAGUACAAGACAUGGUUAUUAAUCAUAAAGCCAGUAGACGAAUUAUACGUGAAGACUUUAUAUGGCGCGUUGCGGCUGUCAUAGUAUUUGUACUAGAAUAUUUGCACACUCACCUUACUCCACAAUACUGUUCUAUAAAGAGCUACCGGUGCCUUAGACCUUCAAACAUUUUGCUCACAGAAGACGACAUAAUUAAGAUAGACAAUUUUAGCGCUACGCGCUUGCUUGGCGACUACAGCUCUGAAAGCCUUCGGAUAUACAUUGCACCAGAACUGCUAGCCGGGGCAGCCUAUGGUCCGGCUGCAGAUGCGUGGUCACUUGGAUGUAUUCUCCUUACCAUGUGCACUCUGCUUGAACCUCUAUCUGUCAUUGACCCAAGGGCCUCCAAUGAACCCCUAGAUCUCUCUACACUGCACGGCCUAGAACAUUAUAGCAAUGAGCUCCUUGAAUUAAUUAAGAACUGUCUAUACAUAUCUGUCAACAUGCGAAGCACUAUCUCACAGUUACGUUCUCAUCCGAGAAUAAAAGACACACUCGCAAACGAGUUGCAUGGCCCCCAAAGGAAUCCAGGGUCUUUUCUCCUCAGUCCAAAACAGUCAACCUUUACGCCAAAAUCACAGCAAAGCCUGCCGAUGAUCUAUUCUUCAGCCCCACCGCUGUUUUCUCAGAUGCAAGAUUUGCAGCCUCCAGGACUCAAUAUGCACAUCGCUCAUGACCAGGACCAAAACCUCGUCCCAACCUUCAACUCUCCCCGUAAUGUACAAUCUCUCCCGAUUUCCACAUCAAUCCCUAUGCCAAUGCCUGUGCAGAUGCCUGUGCAGAUGUCAAUGCCAAUGCAAAUACCAGUGCAGUUCCCGUUGCAGAUUCCUAAGCCUGGAAGCAUGGACGAUGUAGGAAUCUGUAGCCCUGCAAGCUCUGACGUUUUCAAGCAGAUACAUCAAAUCUGUAAUCAGAUGGCAAUGAUGAUCUAUCUUUCUGUACACAAGGCUUACUCUCAGCAGCCCGAGGAGAAGCUCCAGUCCUCAUCCCACUUGGCAGCCUCACCAGCGCUGGAGUCAGAACUAGAAAGCACUGCAGUUAGCGAUGACACCGCCCUCAUGAUCGCCGUACGAAACAGAAACAUGCCUGCUCUUCUCAGUAAUAUCUCGCAGUUGAAACAGAGAAAAGCAGAUAACACCACUGCUCUGAUGAUAGCUGCCGAGACAGGGAAUAGUGAGGCGUUGAGCUACUUGUUGGGCGAGUACAGACUCCAGCGACACGAUGGGAAGACUGCGCUAAUGCUUGCCAUUUUGAAUGGACAUGUAGACGUAGCUAGAGUACUUGCUGACUUUGAAUCGAAGAUACAGGAUAGUGAUGGGAGAACGGCGCUUAUGUAUGCCUGUGAACGGGGAAUGAGUGAGCUAAUCAACGUCCUACUGGAUGCUGAGUCAGGAAUGACUGAUGUUAAUGGAUAUAGUGCCUUGAUGCUUGCAUUGCAAAGAAAUAAUAUUGAUGGGGUGAGGGCCUUGGCAAAGCGUGAGGCGAUGAUAACCCUUUCCGACGGAACGUCUCCCCUUAUAAUAGCGGAGAAUCUCGAAAAUACAGAUUUACUAGAGCUUGUUAGGGAAUACUCUAGCACAACAUUGAAUAAUGAAAAUGCAUCUACUAGGGAAGAGAACAGCAGAGGCUCACCUACCGAGGAGACACACAUGAGACUGACUGUCUAUGAUCCACCGUUGGAAUAUAUCAGAGGCUUGGGACAGAACAAGAACAAUGAGGGAACGACAAAUUUGAUGGAAGCAGCAAGAAUAGGCUCAGUUUGUGGUGUUAAACAACAUAUAUAUGAAAAGAAGCAGACAGAUAGUAAAGGAUGGACUGCACUCAUGAAGGCGGCAUUUUAUGGAAAGUCAGAGUGCAUUCCUCUCCUUAAAGAAGAGAUAAAGAUGGCCAACAAGGCAAAGUAUACCGCACUCAUGAGCGCAGCUGGUAACGGCCACUCAGCGUGCGUGCGCUUGUUGCUUGCCGAGGCUAAGAUGCGGAAUUGGAAGAACGAGACAGCGCUUAUGCUAGCCAUUAUGAACGAGCAGGAAGAGUGCAUUAAACUCCUCAUGGACAAAGAGGGAUCACUGCGUACCCACGAUGGUCUGACCAUGCUCGAGUAUGCCGUAAAGCACAACAAAGUCCGCUCUGCAGAGGUGAUAAGGGCAUAUAAGGGCGUGGGAUAA